UUAAAACUCAACAUUAGGACAUAUAAAUUGACUGUCAUUCAAACUGUAGCAAACUGUGUUAUUUAUAUCUUGUAGCUAAAUUCAGCCAUCACUAACAAAGCUAGAAUCGACGUUAGUGUCCGGAAUCGCAAACUUUUUUUUAUUUUCUUCCGUUGUGUUAGUCAUGUGAUGAUGAUGUUAUCGUACGGAAAGCUGGAGGCACCAAAAUAGCUUUACACUCGUUAGCUUUCAUUUCCCCACUUGCUAAGAGAUUGUAAUGUGUCGUUCCUUCUUCGAAAAGAGGGCAUAUUUUAAAGUAAAAUGGAGUCCGGGGGAGCCUUUUACACUGCAGGCUCUUCGGUGGACAUGACUCGCAGCGAGGAGGAUUCCCUAGUGGACGGGCCGCUCAUUUCAGCAGAUGCCCUCCACGCCGCCAUCAGGAGAGAAUUCCACAGCGUGCCCACCGGCUGCCACGCCAUCUUGCUGUCUCUCCUGCAUGUGGCGUACGUGGUUCUUUCUGUGUGCGUGGCCGUGCUGUGCGUGUUAAAACUGGGCCAGGAGGAGGCGUGCGCCAGCAUCCUAGGGUCCGUGCGGGGUGACAGCGCAGUGGUCUUCGGCAAAGCGGCCCUGUGGGUGCUGGUUCUGGUGUUCACCCGCUGCGCCCAGUACCACCACAGCCGGGCCCGCAACCGAGGCUACCUGCGCUUCUACAGAAGCACCAGCACGCUCAAGCAGCUUCCUCUCGCCGUGCACUCCGCAGGGAACGUAAUGCUGUUGGUCGUCAUGGCGGCGCGGCUGCCGGUUGACGUGCACGCCUACGUGUUGAUCGGCGUCUUGGCUUUGGAACUUCUUGUGGCGUUGCCUUGCCUCAUCUACUAUACAGUCAAAGUGACGAUGUUCAACACGAAGCGAGCGGCGCCCGACGUCAGCCAGGAAGAACACUCGCACAACUUCAACGUGGCUAGCUUACCCACGGAGACGGGAUUCCGAGAGGGUUCCUGCCUGGAGGAGGUGGUGGAGAAGCAGGCGGAUCUGAUCGAGUACCUAAAGCAGCAUAACAGCUUGCUGAGCAGGAGGCUGCUCAACCUCACCGCCCAGCACUGAAAAGACACUUUUCGGACCACCACCGACGGUGCACGCCGUCCAUUUGAGUGAGACCCGGUUCAGGUCAGACUUGUACUUGCCUCGGAUGGAGCAAUGUGGUGCCGGUGGGGGGUGCAGUGAAAAUGGCCGACGUUUAAAGAGUCGUCGCGGGUCACAGCUGAAGGCAAAGUUGGGGGGGGCGGGCGUUAUCACUGAGCGUCCCAGGAACGCUGCUACUCUGCUUUUUUUAAAGGAGGGUUUGAAACUAGUAUAAAUAUAUAUAUAAAUACUGUGCUACACCUCAUGUCUUUUUGUACAUAGCAGUGCUUACUGAUUUUUUUUUUAAGGACCUUGAGGAUUUUUUUUGUGGUCAUUGUCUGUUUUUUUACCACGACUUUGACCAUAUGACCCUCGGCCGUGCAGAUUUUGUGACUCUUUACAGCGGUGGGGAUCCUCACAUACAGCGGGGGCUUAUUGCCGGUUAUUGUUUUCCCGAUUAUUUUUCUUUUUGUCCCGUUCACCUACUCAUUCGUAGUUUUUUUUUUUUUUAAACUUUGAAAAUAUAUUUAUUUUUCAUGGCGGUUAUAAUUAAUGUUAAUUGCUAUUAGUAGUCAGUCCGGGUAUCUGUCCUCCAGUUGUGUGUCUUGCGUAUUACAUUUUAACAGUCAAUGUUAUUUGUUUGUGUGACGAUUUGCACUCGACUGUGCUUGAGUUUCGAUUCGACAUGUUGAGGUCUGUACAAUAAAUACCACAGAAUUACAUAUUUGUUUUUAACUUCAACGAUCUAUUUUGCUUACUAUACAAGUCCAAAUACUUUUCUGUGGAUUUGUCAUUUGAACCUUCAUGUUUUAUGAAACAAAGUAAACGUGGACUGCAAUUUAUUUUUACUUUGGCAGUACAUCACCCAGUUCUUGACCACACACAAUGAUAAAUCCAGAAACAAUACACUCGAACAUUUACUUUUAUUAAAAGGAAUAAAAUGUAUUCAAUAAACAUUUGAAGUGCAUCCAA